AUGGCGUCGACAAUCUUGAGUCACUGGGCCGGCGGGCAAUGCUCCCUUGCAUACAAGUUUGUGGGUGGUGUGAAGUUCAUGUUGGGGCUCGCGUGCGUCUUCCUCCUUUGCGUCGACAUGCUCUGCAACAACUGGGAAGUCAUCGACUACGUCGGCAACGCCAAGCACCUGCUCACGCCACUCUUGACCAUCCCCACCACGUCCAAAUUGAUCCAUCAGUUUGCCUUUCCACGGCACGCGUCGCCGGCGCAGGUGUCCCAAAUCGGCCAGUUCAUGAUCAAUACGACAUUGGCGCAUGUCCAGACGCGCGACAGCCACACAUACAUCCUCGGAACAACUAAGCACCUGGUCAAGAACAGCGACAACGACAUAUGCGGUCAGCUCGUGAGCUCGUAUCCCGUUCGCAACCCAGCCGCCGCCGCUGUCCAACUCGGUUCCGUCGCCGAUUUCAUUACGUUUGUCAGGGGAGACGCCCUCACCCAUUGGUUUGGCGACACUCAAACGUCCCCAAGAGCAACCACGGGCAUGAAUGAGACACAGCUUCGGGCGCUGGGCUACAUCCCGGCCCGCCAUGGUACAGAUCUCCGCCUCACAGCCGCUGUCGCCCUGCCACCCUCAGGCCAACCGACGGCUGCCACGGUUGCAAUGUAUCGCUUUUUCAUGCGGACGUUUUGCACGGGUAGCGAACCUGGUACGGAGCUCGGCUUGGACACGUGUGCGAUCGAGUAUUUGUACAACGAUACGACCCAAACGCUGGACGUCACGUCGAGCCAGGCUAUUGUGGGGAAUUAUCAUGAGCUCGGAUUCAUCUUUCAACGGCGAGGGGGGCCCGUCCUUGCUCUGCACGUUCGGCUGGCGACGUUGGUCCUACUCAUUGGAGUGUACUCGGCGAGCCAAAAGACUGUGCAGUGGAUGGACUUUUCCACGCAAUCCAUUCCCCAGCGCGUUCUUCGACUCAUCGCCCCCCCUUUGCAUCGCGAGCCGUGUUCGGUGUUUGGGCUGAGCGACAUUUGUUUCAACAGCGACGUGUUUGUCGUGCUAUACACGUUGGCCGUCCUGGCCGACGAAGAGAUCAGCAUGGUGUACUCGCGAAACAUGAAUCAAUGGCAUGUCCGUGGUGGCACAGACGUGUGGCUCGACGUGCGGUUGAUGUCGAUGACGGCGCGAUGGCUGUGGGUGAAUUGCUUUCUCUUGAAAGCGUUCAAGUGGACGUGCAACUUUGUCAGCAUCGCGCAGCACACGGGGGAUAGCCAACUCAUGGGGUGGCUCAACUUUAGCUCAGUCUCGUGGAUGUACCUGAGCGUCGUGAGUCUGCUGGAACGGAACGACUUCAUCGAGUACGGGAGCUCCGUGCGCACGGAUCUGUCCUCCACGACGCAAAAUCUCGACGCCACGUCCGUGUUUCUCUUGCAGAGCUGGUACAUUCGGUCGAUUCCGUCGCUCGCGGCUGUAAUUUUUGCCAACCUCGUGCUCCUCCUCGUGGUCGACCAUGUCGUCAAUCGAAAGUGGUGGCAGUUUAUGGCCGCCAACUCACUCGGCCGCCAACUCGUCUUCAACUCAACCUCUAUUCUCGCCAACAUCCCGCUUGACCCUGCCGCGCAAGUUCGAGGCGCUGAGUCCGUCACCAUGCACGCAAGGGCGCUGUGUACGUUUCGAUGGUUUCUCGCUAGUCAUUUGACCCGGUUCGGUCUCCCGGAGCCGCCUGCCGCCAUCCGCGCGCUCACCGCAGCCCACAACGUUAAUCCUGCAACUCGAGUGUUUGCGAGCCAGAAACCCAAGUUCCUCGCAGACGUCGGCAAUCUCGACUCGGUCGUGGCCGCACCUCCUCCUCAUGUCCCCACUUCGAACCUGUCGAUGGUUUUGCAAGACAGCGAUGGCAAUAUCCACCUCGUCAAUGCAUUCAAGCAAGACAUUGCCACGACUGCGAUCGAAACCAUGAUCCAACAAAAUACACACGUGACAAUGAUGUGA